AUGGGCUCAUACUCAGUUACUGAGCAUGACAUUACGAUAACCUCGUUUGAGAUCGUAGAUCUGCGAUUUCCCACGAGUCUGGACGGAGUUGGUUCGGAUGCAAUGCACGUGGGCACAAAUGGCUCGCAUCCGUACAUUCGGCUCAUGACGAACCAGGGCGGCUUGGUCGGAGAGGGGAUUGUGAGUAAAACAAUGCACGAGCUCACCCGGAAUAUGGGUAAGACUUGGCGAUACAUGGUCUCCGACUCCCAAUACCGCUGGGUGGGUCCCGAGAAAAGCAUCACUCAUCUGGCAGUGGCGGGAGUACUAAAUGCGGUGUGGGACCUAUGGGGGAAAAUCCUGGAAAAGCCGGUCUGGAAGAUUGUCUGCGACAUGAGCCCGGAGGAGAUUGUGAGGUGCAUCGACUUCCGAUACAUCACUGACGUGAUCACGCCCGAGGAGAGUAUCAAGAUGCUCGAGAAGACACACGUGGGAAAGGAGUCCCGCAUGCAGGAAGCUUUCGAGAAUCGAGCGGUACCCGCGUAUACUACAUCACCCGGUUGGAUGGCCUUCUCCGGUGAACGUAUGCGAGAAGUACUGGAGAACACUAUUGCCGCUGGGUACACAGUCUUCAAGUUCAAGGUGGGAACUAGCGUCGAAGUGGAUCGGGCGAGACUGUCGGCCGUGAGGGAAGUGCUAGGAUAUGACAAGGGGCAUCAAAUAAUGAUCGAUGCCAAUCAGGUGUGGAGUGUCCCCGAAGCCAUUGAAUACAUGAAGCAGCUCGUUGAAUUCAAGCCUAUAUUCAUCGAGGAACCCACUAAUCCCGACGACAUUCUCGGUCAUGCCGCUAUUCGCAAGGCCCUCAAGCCGUAUGGAGUCGGCGUAGCCACCGGCGAAGCCGCCCAGAACCGUGUGACCUUCAAACAACUCCUGCAAGCCGAAGCCACCGACGUUUGCCAGAUUGAUGCCGUCCGACUGGGUAGUGUCAACGAGUGUCUGGCUGUCAUGCUCAUGGCGCUCAAAUUCGACGUCCCAUGCGUGCCUCACAAUGGUGCCAUGGGUUUAACUGAAUUGACUUCGCACCUGAGCACGAUCGAUUACAUCGCUAUCAGUGGGCGCAAGACGAUGUUAGAGAACGCGGACAGCCACCGGGAGAACCUGCGGCAUCCUUCCAAGGUUGAGAAUGCGCAUUAUGUCACCCCUCUCGCUCCCGGCUACUCGACAGGAUACACCCAAGAGGCGCUGAAAAAAUACACAUAUCCCACUGGUAGUUUCUGGAGAAGUGACAUUGGGCUGGAAAUAAUUGCGCAACCCACCGGAGGAGAGUUAUAG